AUGACAUUGUGGGACUGUGAAGACCUUGAAAAAUAUACAAGACAAAGACCAAACCCUAACAGUGAAUUUAAGAUAGUUGCCUCUGAAUCAUUUGAAGAUAAAUCUUCAGCAUUGGAUGUGAAAGCAUCACUGAAGGCAAGCUUCUUAGGCGGACUCAUUGAGGUUGAUGGAUCAGCGAAAUACCUGAAUGAUAGCAAGACUUCCAAAAACCAAGCCAGAGUAACACUGAAGUACAAAACUACCUCAAAGGUCCAGGAAUUGUCAAUGGAUCAUCUUGGAGCAGGAAAUGUGAAGCAUCAGAAUGUUUUUGAGAAAGGAUUGGCGACACAUGUAGUCACAGGUAUUCUUUAUGGGGCACAAGCCUUCUUUGUCUUUGACCGUGAGGUUUCUCAAGAAGAAGAUCAUCAAGACAUUGAGGGAAACUUGAAGGUGAUGAUCGAGAAGAUUCCUCGUCUUGCUAUAGAUGGUAAGGGUGAACUGAAAAUGGAAGAUGAAGACAAAGCAAAUGUAGACAAGUUCUCCUGCAGUUUUUUUGGAGACUUCUCUCUCAAGAAAAUGCCGACAUCCUUUCAGGAAGCAAUCCAAGUCUAUAAAAGUCUGCCGGAGCUGCUGGGAGCAAACGGAGAAAACGCAGUACCAGUGAAGGUGUGGCUGCUGCCGCUGACAGCUUUAGAUUCUUCUGCUGCUAAACUCGUACGUCAGAUAAGUUUAGGAUUAGUCAAAGAAUCUCAGAGGGUCCUGGAGGACUUCAGUGAGCUGGAAAUGAGGUGCAACGAUGCUUUAAGAACCACCACAGUACAGCAGUUCCCACAGAUCGGAAAAAAGGUUAAAGCUUUUAAAGAAAUGUGCUCUCAGUUCAAACUUGAGUUCCAGCAAGCACUGGCAAAGACUCUUCCAUCAAUCCGAGGAGGAGGAGAAGAGGAGGAUGUACUCACAGAGAUCCUGAAGAAGAUACACUCUUCACCUUUCAACAGCAAGAGCCUGAAUGAGUGGAUGGAUUGUAAAGAGAGAGAAAUCCACACAAUAAUGUCUUUGACUGACACAAUGAAAAACACCAUGACUGUACCAUCUCAAAAUCACCUGUACAAAGAAAGUCUGAAAGCAGAACAUGCUGUGUGUUUUGUCUUCACCUCACUGGAGAGUGAUGAGCCGUACCUCUCAGCUUUAUCAAACUACUUAAGAAAAACACCAGAACCAGAAAUCCCUCAAGAUCCAGGUACUCAGGACCUGGAGAACAAACAGUGGUAUGCUUCAAAAGAAACGGCAGAUUCAAUGAGGAAGAAAGCAAACCUGUUCAGUGACUUUGCAGAGGCCAACCAGGAGAAUAAGAAUGUUGGGUUCUUGACCAUGUUAUGGUUAUGGUUAAUGUACCUCUUAGCUCUACCAAACUACUUAAGAAAAACACCAGAACCAGAAAUCCCUCAAGAUCCAGGUACUCAGGACCUGGAGAACAAACAGUGGUAUGCUUCAAGAGAAAUGGCAGAUUCAAUGAGGAAGAAAGCAAAGAUCUUCAGUGACUUUGCAGAGGCCAACCAGGAGAACAAGAACGUUAAGUUCUGGACUACUGGAAUUAAAAAUGAGACACAGAAAGGUUCCAGCAUCUACCUUUACAAAGAUGGCUUUCCUGUCACUGAGGACUUUGAGCCUCCUUCAAAGCCUGAAUCAGUGACAGUAAGUGACAUCAACCACAACAGUGUGACUCUGAAGAUUGAUCCCCCAAAGUUUGGAUCAAAGAACAUCACCUCCUACUCUGUUGAGCGCUGUGUCAGUGGAGAGGAAGGAUGGAAACAACAGACCGCAUCCAAAGCUGGAGAAGUGAUGGUGGGUGAUCUGAGUCCAAACACAGAGUACAUGUUCAGGUGCAGAGCAGUGACCUCAGUUGGUCUUGGACCAGCCAAUCAAGUCAGUGGUCCCAUUAAAACUUUACCUUGCAGCCCUCCAGGAAAACCUGAAGUCGAACCGAACCCAAGUGAAAUAUCAAAGAGCUUGAAGACACGUGUUGAGCUUGAUCAAGAUGUGUGCAGUUUCAACAACACCUCGGAAGUCUGCAAAACAAAAACUCUUAAAGAUGAACUCAAAGUGAAAAGCAAACAGGUCAGUUCUGCGUCACCCUCAGUUUACCAGCUGCCUCUGAGAAAAGAAGUUUUGAACAUUAAAGGAUCCCUGAAGUUCAGUUUUGGUGAAGACAGCAUGAAGCCGAACCGCACAAUAAUGCUUCUGGGAGCGACCGGAUCAGGAAAAUCUACUCUGAUCAAUGGAAUGAUGAACUUCAUCCUUGGAGUGAACUGGACGGACAAUUUCAGAUUCAAACUGAUCGACGAGGAGCAAACAAAAUCACAAGCUGAAAGCCAGACCUCUGAGGUCACUGUGUACAAAAUCAACCACCAGGAAGGCUUUAACAUAGAUUACUCAGUGACCAUCGUUGACACUCCAGGCUUUGGAGAUACAAGAGGCAUAAAGAGGGACAGAGAGAUCGUAGAACAGCUGCGUAAUCUCUUUUCUUCUGACCACGGUGUACGAGAUAUUGAUUCUGUGGGGUUUGUAGCUCAGGCCUCUUUAGCUCGACUCACACCAUCACAGAAAUAUGUGUUUGAGUCAGUGCUCUCAAUCUUUGGCAAAGACAUCGCAGAAAACAUCAGGAUUCUGGUGACAUUCGCAGACGGCCAGUGUCCACCAGUUCUUGAGGCGAUCAAAGCUGCAGAUGUCCCCUGUCCAAAAACAGGAGACGGGAAGCCGGUUCACUUCAAAUUCAAUAAUUCAGCAUUAUUUGCAAACAGCAUGAGUGGAGAUGAUGGAAGUUAUGAUGAGAUGUUUUGGAACAUGGGGACAAAAAGCAUGAUGAGGUUCUUCAACGCUUUGAAUCUCAUUGAAACCAAAAGCUUGACCAUGACGAAGGAGGUCCUCAAAGAAAGACAGCAGCUGGAAGUUUCAGUUGAAGGUCUACAGAUCCGGGUUAAAAAUGGCAUAGCCAAGCUCGAGGAGGUAAAGGAGACAGCUGAGAAACUGAAAGAGCAUGAGGCAGAGAUCAGCAGAAACGAGAAGUUUCAGUUUGAAAUCAAAAUCAAGAAGCCUAUCCAGGUAGAUAUUUCUGGUUCUGGAGUUUAUAUCACCAACUGUCAGCAGUGUCAUUUCACCUGCCAUGAUAACUGUAUCUAUGCAGAAGACAGAGACAAAAUAAAGUGUUCUGCCAUGGGAUCAAACGGAAAGUGUAAGGUGUGUCCAGGGAAAUGUAUCUGGAGUGUACAUUUGAAUCAAAAGUACAAAUGGGAGUAUGAGGAAGUAACAAAAAAACAAACCCAUGCAGAUCUGAAGAAAAAGUACAACAUAGCUAAAGAUGGCAAAUCAGGUGUUGAAGCAGUGAUCAGAAAACUGAGGGCUGAAUAUGAUGCUGUGCAGACUGAGGUGGAGAGAUUGAUGAAUGACUUGACUAAGUGUCUGAACAGACUUAAAGAUAUCGCACUAAGACCAAAUCCUCUCUCCACCCCAGAGUACAUCGACAUGCUCAUUCAGGGAGAGAAAAAUGAGGGAAAACCAGGCUGGAAGAGACGAGUUGAGGCCCUGACAGAUAUGAGGGAAAACGCAGAUUACAUGGCCAGCGUAGAGAGAGGGGAGAUUCUUCUAGAGAGAAACACUGAACCCACAUCACAACCUCAGUCAUUCUGGAACAGAUUCUUUAAAUAA